AUGGAACACCCGACCAUCGUUGAGGGUACGCCUCCUCCCUCCCCGACAUCCCACGGCAGCAUCAACUUCCUGACCCUACCAGACAAUGUGCGCCUGCGAGUUUACCUCCACGCAGGACUGUUCCAGCAUGGGCCCAUUGAUUUGAACCCUAUGUCUACCAAAGAGGGACCGGUUAAUCUGUCUUCCGUGGCGUACAGUGUUUCCCCUUUUGAUCGAUGCCUGUGCUUCUAUUCCUCUAUGGCAGACUGUCACUUCUGUAGCAUCAAUACUCUCGUUCCUCGGAAUCACCCCUGGAGUUUCUACAGCCACCUUCGCCGUUUCUGUACCUGCGAGCUCCCAAUCCUGAUCAAACAUCAGUCCAUACCUGUGCAACUUCUUCAGACCUCGAGGGCUAUCUCUCAAGAGACAACCUUGCUGUUCUACUCUGAGAACGCAUUCCAGAUCUCUCGCAAUCUCCCGGGUGGCCUGUCGGCGCUCCGCCAGCUUCGUUCCAGCACCCUCGCAUGCCUGAGGUCCCUCAAAAUCACCCUUCAAGAUAGCAGUGCUUGCCAUUACAACGCGUGGAUCUGGAACCACUACUUCAUUUGCUCGCAGAUCGACCCUCCCCUCCCGUCCAAGAUUCCGCGAUGUGUCAAGGGCGACUGGAAACGAACUUGCAAGCACUUAAGCCGUCACAUCGAGGAGUCUCGCCUUCACCUAUCGGUCAUAUGUGAUGUGAACGGUAGAGGCAUCGCCGAGCAGUUGCUAAAGCCUCUUAUGGAACUACCCACUUUAGCCAGCUUCGCUAUUCGUCUGCACCCUGUUUUCGACGGAAGGCUAGAUCCUCGAUUAUAUCCGUUGGGGCACGACAUUGCUCUGCAGUUGACGGGACGUUCGCAUUCAACCAAGGCCAUCCAGCCUUUUCAGUACGGAGACCUGCCCGCUGAACUUCAAGAGCGGAUUCUUCAACACACUGAUCUUGCGUCAACUUAUGAUCUCGUCUGGACUCCGAGGAAUGGGUUUAGGUGGGAUCAUCUCAACAGAAACCACAACCAUUGCUCAACUUGCCUUUCUGUGCGCGAUCGCUGUUGUUGGCAAUUCAGAGACGAAAAGUACAUCUCGGCCCGGCAAUGUUCAUGCUGGCGCUUUCCUCUCUCGUUAUUUCUUGUCAACCGAGAUGUGCAUGAAAUGGCGAUGCGGAUUUUCUACUCAGCAAAUCACUUCAAGCUGCUUCCCCCUUCGACAUGCACAGAUGCUCCGUCCUCAUUGCGCCUGAGCAAACCUUUGUCACCGUUUAUUGAUUCUCUUCCCGUGAAUGCUCUGAAGCACUUGCGCUCCGUGCAAUUUGUCUUCGACUGGGAAUUCGUGCGGCUCUGGGAAAAAGAAGGUACUUAUAAGCUAUGGCAAGAAACCGUCGAGAAAUUGAAGCUCAGCACCCCUGCACGUCUCCAUAUCACGGUCGAUAUGUCUCACAGUUUGAUGAUCGGAAGGCAUAAUAUGCUCGGCGAGUGGUGGCAGUUCAACCCAUGGUUCGAAAGGGAGGGUAGGUUCCAGACACACUGCCUCAAACUCAUCAAUCCGCUCAAAUCUCUUCGCCUUAAAAGUUUUCAUGUCUAUCUUCCUUGGUAUUUUGGAGAAGCACCGUGGGAGUUUGAUCGUGAGGAUGAUGAAUUCCGGCCCUCGGAACAGGAUCUGGAGCAGAUGGUGAUGGGAGAUGGGUAUCAUAACCCCUCUGACGCCAAGUACGGAUGGCGCAAGUUUGUAACAGGAUGUGCAAUGGCUGAGGACUUUUCUGACUGGCAGAGGAAUUGCCGUUUCCUUUUUAGGCCCUCACGACGUUGA